AUGGCGCGAAACCUGAACCCUAGGCAGCGUAAGAUGAUUGCACACAUGAUAAGCAGCAAGAAAAGACUGACUACAUCUCAAAUGGCCAAGCUGGCAAAAUGUACCGAACGCUCUAUCACUAACAUACGCAAGAUAAUGCGAUUGUUCGGCAGUCCCAAUCCUCCCAAAAUCCCUUCCGGCCCGCCACUAAUCGUCACUUCUGUAAUGCUGGACACCCUAUGUGACCACCUCGCUAAGAUACCCGGCCUUUGCCUCGAAGAGAUGGCUAAGUUCCUAUGGGACGAGUUCAACAUAUUACCAUCGUCGUCCAGCAUCCAACGUGCUCUUUCUCGGGUUGGAUGGACCAAAAAGACAGCCCGGCAGAAACCCAAAGAGCAGAAUCCUCAACUACGAGAUUUUUACCAACACAAACUAUCUGAGUUCCAUUCAUACCACCUUGUUUUCGUUGAUGAAUCCGGAUGUGAUAAACGGGUAGGACAUAAGCGGACUGGUUGGUCACCAUUAGGUGUGACAUCAGUGCAAAUGUCUAAAUUCUAUCGGGGCCAGCGAUAUCAGAUAUUGCCAGCGUAUACUCAGGAAGGUAUUCUUUUGUCUCGUAUCUUUAAAGGGGCAAUGGAUGCCGUGCUGUUCGAAUCGUUUAUUGAAUACUAUAUCCUUUACUAUUCGGACCGAGUUAAACAGUUAUACUCUGAUAUAGGUGUUAGGUUGCUGUACCUCUUACCUUACUCUCCAGAUUUUAACUCUAUAGAGGAGUUUUUUGCCGAGCUAAAAGCUUAUAUCAAGAAAGCUUGGCUAAGUUUUGAAAGGGAUCCCGAUUAA